AUGGAGGCCUUUACUUUUGCGGUGUCCACCCAGGUGGAUUUCCCCGUAUACGUCAAAAUCGGCUCUCUAGAAGGAAAGCAAAAACAGCUCCCGUUCUCGGUCCUUUUAAACCAGCCAGAAUUGCGACACAUUGGCUCCUCCCAGAAUCCGCUAUCAGACCUCUUCGUCACGGUUCAGCUAUGGUCGGAAUCCAAGCCCCUCGGGGUACCGUUGCAAACUGCAUACAAAGCGUUCAAAGUCGCCAGAGCUUGGAAUGAAUGGCUGCAGCUGCCUAUGUCGAUCAAAGAUGCUCCUCUGAAAUGUCAGCUCGCAAUCACGAUCUGGGAUCUAUCGCCGUUUGGCGGCGAGGGCGCGGACGGCCACUAUAUUCCGUUUGGUGGGACAACGAUACCUCUGUUCGAUGAAGAUGGAAAGCUGAAGACUGGGAGGCAAAAGUGCAAGGUCUACCGACACAAAGCCGCUGAUGGCUUCUCGGCGACGUCGACACCAUCGAGCCCUCCUCCGAAACGGCGAAAAGGGAACAAACCUGACCCGCUGGGCUCUUCUACUGAAGAGCUCGAGCUGGAACGAGUGGAGGUUCUGAUCAAGAAACACGAGAUGGGCGAAAUACCUCGGAUUGAUUGGAUGGACCAGAUGGUAUUCCGCCAGCUAGAGAAACUCAAGCUUAAUGCCGAAGAAGCUGCGAGGAAGCGGGCGGUUCUCUUAAAGGCCAACAAAGAACGGAACCCUAGCGGUGAAGAAGACGAGGAGGGCGAAGAACAAAUCGACGACGAAAAUUUCAUUCUUUAUGUCGAGUUCCCACGAUUUGACCAUCCUAUUGUAUGGUCCGACCAUGAAUAUCCACCGCCGCCGAUUUCAUCAUACGCGCAAAACGCACCUGGGAAUAUGGAUCCAGCUCUUAAACCCAUGCCAGAGGUCCGCUUCGGCCCGGGAAUCGAAGGAGCCGACGGCGAAGGGGUUAUACGAAUCUAUGAUCCUGAAGUGGGCCAAACGGGGAAUCCUUGUGAAGACAAACAUCGCAGGCUCAUACGUAGCCAUCGGACUGGGUUCAUGGACCGUGAUCUCAAGCCGAACCGUAAGAUCCGGGAUGAGCUCGACAGGAUAAUGAAAAAGGAACCUACGCAAGAUCUUACCGCCGAGGAAAAGGAUCUUGUAUGGCGGUUCCGCUACUACCUCACGCGAGAGAAGAACGCUCUCACCAAGUUUGUCAAAUCAGUGAACUGGCGAGACGAUAGCGAAGCCCAGCAAGCGGUUGGAAUACUACCCAAGUGGACAGAUAUUGACGUUGAUGAUGCUCUCGAGCUCCUCGGACCCACAUUUGACAACGCUGCCGUUCGCUCGUAUGCUGUCGAGCGCCUCCGCAAGGCAGACGACGAUGAGCUACUUUUGUAUUUGCUGCAACUCGUUCAGGCGUUGAAAUACGAAGAUAACAUUCAUGGAGAUCCUGAAAUCACAGCCCACGACUCGUCUCUGGCCAACUUUCUCAUCACCCGCGCAGCCAACAACUUCAAACUAGGUAACUACCUCCAUUGGUACCUGAUGGUCGAGUGCGAUGAUGCUGGCCCGGGGACGCUGUCUUCCCAUCGCAGACUUUUUGCUCGGGUCGAGUACUACUUCAUGACAGAGUUGGAGCAGAUUCAUCCAGAAUUUAGAAAGACGCUGCUCCGCCAAGGCGAACUCAUCACUGUGCUUUCAAAAAUAUCCAAAGACAUCCGCUUCGCGCGAGAGAACCGCCCUCUGAAGAUUGAGAAACUCAAAAAGUUCCUGAAAGACCCCAAGAAUGAUCUCCUCCAUUUUGACCCGCCACUUCCUCUUCCCUUGGACCCGGAUGUCCUAGUUACGGGCUGCUUCCCCGAUGAAUCCAACGUGUUCAAGUCUUCCUUAUCACCUCUCCUCAUAACGUUUAAAACAGCCGAAGGUCGAGAAUACCCGAUUCUAUUCAAAGUCGGUGACGACCUCCGGCAAGACCAGCUGGUCAUUCAAAUCAUCAUCCUAAUGGACCGACUCCUGCAAAAGGAAAACCUCGACCUCAAACUCACCCCAUACCGCAUCCUGGCUACAAACGCCACCGCAGGCGCCAUGCAAUUUAUCCCCUCAACAUCCCUCUCCGCCGUCUCCGCCAAAUACAAGACUGUCCUCGCCUACCUCAAGGCCAACAACCCGGACGAAAGCGAGCCUCUUGGCGUCCGCAAGGAGACAAUGGACACAUACAUCAAGUCCUGCGCCGGAUACUGCGUCAUCACGUACCUCCUCGGCGUUGGAGACAGGCACCUCGAGAACCUCCUCCUCGCGCCAGACGGCCACUUCUUCCACGCAGAUUUCGGCUUCAUCCUAGGCCGGGACCCGAAGCCCUUCGCGCCGAUGAUGAAACUGUGCAAGGAGAUGGUUGAAGGAAUGGGCGGGACCACAUCGCCGUUGUAUCUCCAGUUCAAGCAGUACUGUUUCACAGCGUAUACAACGCUUCGCAAGUCGGCGAAUCUUAUCCUCAAUCUGUUCAGUCUCAUGGUUGAUGCUAAUAUCCCGGAUAUCCGGGUCGAGCCGGAUAAAGCCGUGCUAAAGGUCAAGGAGAGGUUCCAUCUUGAGAUGAGUGAAGAGGAGGCUAUUCGGCACUUUGAGCAGCUGAUUGGCGACAGUGCGAAUGCGAUUUUCGGUGUCGUUAUUGAUCGGCUUCAUGACUUUGUUCAGGGAUGGAGAGCGUGA